AUGGGUGAACAAAAAGAUGUCUUAUUGGAAAAUGACAGUUGCAGCAUCAACGUGAUGGACAUAGAAGAACUCGAUGCGAUCCAUAACGAUUCUAAUUCGGAAAUAUUUGCUGGGAAAGAGUUAAGACCAUAUAGAUUUUUGCAAAACUGUAACUUCGUUGGCUUAUGGAUGUGUGUUCUUUAUAAUUUGUGCAUGCUUUUAAUAGUUGUGUUAAUAUUCAUUUACAAACGCUGGAAUUAA